UUCUUUUAGGGUUUUAGAAGCGCGCGUGAACUACUCAACAAUUGCGGUCUUUUAGAUUUCAGAGGGUUUAGCCAAUAGCCACCGAAAAGUCAAUCGCUCUCUCUCUCACUCACUCGAUGGAUCCUUCACAAUUCCAAUCCAACGAACUAGCGCAGUUUAUCGCGCAAGAGAAGGAAAGAGCCAUGGUUAAUGAGAUGGUAGCAAAGCUCACAAAUGUUUGCUGGGACAAGUGCAUCACUGGUACACCCGGGAGCAAGUUCAGUUCCAGUGAGUCUAGUUGCCUUUCAAACUGUGCUCGGCGUUAUAUGGAUUUGAGCGUCAUUAUCAUGAAACGCUUCCAGAACAUGCAGUGAAGGUCUAGGAGCAUUGAUGUGCUAUCUCAAUUACAAGAUGUAGUCUUUUUUGCCUGUGUCCUUAGUUUAAUCAUCAGCUGAAGAUAUUUUGUAUUUUUGGAAGUAAAUCUCAUUUCAAUUUCAUGAAAAUAUUCCAUUAAGAUGUCUUUCAAUUUUAUAGUACUCUACAAUCAAUUUCGUGAGCAUUCCAUGAUGAAUGAAUUGCUAGCGUUUGUGGA